AUGAUGGGCCAGCUGACCGCUUCAAAGGCCGGGAAGAUGGUAGACGAGAUACUGCAGAGCUACGGGAUUAUGAUCGGGAUCGUUCGAGAAGACGAAGUCGAAGCCCGGAACCCAGACAUAGAACUCGAUCUCGGGAAAGCAAUUCCUACUAUGAUCUUCACCGGCGGUGAUCACUUUAGUCGCCGCUUACUGAAACCCCCAGUAUUUCAUAUGGGAGAAGUCUCAAAUAUCAAUACUGUUUGA